UACAAACAACAGACGGAAUCGAGGCUUGGGUUGAUCCUUGAUGUUUGGGGCCUUUUCCGAUCUGUCUCUCCCUUGGACUCGGUCUUGGGACCGGCGGGUGGCUUUUUUUUUUGCGGGGCGGAGUUGGUGACGGUAUCCAUGUGGAGUUGUCGAGUGCCCCCGAACAAACACGAGGCGCCAACCACGCAAUCAAUCACAUCGUGCCGUUCAGAGCGCCCAGAUUUGGUGCGUAUCGACCACGCCAGACUCGUUGACGACGACAAGGACAAGCGCCCGUUCACCCGCUCGCUCUUCUUAGCUCUCCAGCAACGCGCGGCGCAACCGCAAUCCACUCUUCGUUGUAUGCGACAUUUUCGAUAGCCCUUCAGAUGGAACCGCGCCAGCGUUCGCUUCACUAAUAACUUGAGUGCUACGUCGUCGCGACGACCUUUGCAGCCCCGCCUCUGUCGCUCCUCCCUCCGAAUGCGUGAGCCGCCAUGUCGACUGGUGGAGAGCUACCCUCCGGUUUUGGUGGUGACGUGAGAAGACGGCAGUCACACCACAGCGAACGCGAAAACGAUGACGACCUCAGAGACCCCAAUGCUGCGUCUGCCUCGCAACUUUCUCCCGCAGUAGAAGCUUCUUCCAGACCCUCCAUCUCGCGAUUAUCUACCGACGCAUCGGCGCUUCGCGUGCGCUUCUCCACCGAUCUCGAGAGGCACGCUCCAGACCAGCGAUCCAGACCAGGAACAGGUGUUGCUUCUACACAAGGGACUGAUGUGACGCCGCGCGAUGGCGGUAACAAGAGACCUGGUACGCCAGACCUCUCAAUCAAUACACAACCAGUAUCCCACGAGGAAGUGUCGACUACGCUGGGUCACUCCACGGCAAUCUCACCCGAGGAUAGGUCGCCGCUGUCACCUUCCAAAUCGCCUCUUUCGCCCACAAGUCGGAAUCGGGGAUACUCGUUACGCAGCGCGCUGUUCCGGAAAAAUGUUCACCAUCAAGCGCAUACAUCCGAGGCGCCUAUCGAGCUCGAGGAAAGAGCGGGGUCAUCAAAGGCGCAACUGGGAGCUUCUGGGCAUAUGGAUGGAGUCAAAGAAGAGGCGGAAAGUGUUAAGAACGAGAAUACGGCCGUUACUGUCUCACCACUCCGUGCCGACUUCCCUUCGGAUCCGCUCAAGACUCAGUUGGGCAAGGGACCGACAGCGCUUCGCAAUUAUGACACUUGGCUCCAAGCGCGGAAGAAGACUGAAUUCUGGCAGCAAGCCAGCGAUUGGGGGCUCAGGGCGAAGAAGUUUGUUCUACGCAUCAAAGAUAUAAAGCCGAGUGCAGAUGGACGGCAUAUCUUUCUCGACCCUUCAAGGAGAGAACCACUGACAGAUGAGCGUACCAAUCAACCCUAUAUCAGCAACUUUAUUAGGUCUACUCGAUACUCUGCCUGGAACUUUCUCCCUCGUCAAUUGAUCGCCCAGUUUUCCAAGUUGGCCAAUUUCUACUUCUUGUGCAUUUCAAUCUUGCAAAUGAUCCCUGGACUUAGUACGACCGGGCAGUUUACCACGAUUGUGCCGUUACUUUUCUUCGUUUUUCUUUCUAUAGGGAAAGAAGGUUACGAUGACCUGCGGAGAUAUCGGCUCGACAAAGCGGAAAAUAAUCGCGAGGCCAAAGUUCUUCGCGCUGCUCUUCACUCUAACCACAGUAGAGAGGGCACUCCGUCGCUUGAUGAGAUGAACUGGGAAUUAGUCAAGUGGUUGGAUAUCAACGUCGGGGACAUAAUCAAAUUGGAUCGCGAUGAAGCAGCACCUGCCGAUCUGAUUCUUUUGCACACACACGGAGAAAACAGUGUUGCUUUUGUGGAGACUAUGGCAUUGGACGGUGAGACGAAUUUAAAGAGCAAGCAAACAACGGCAUCCAUGUCCAAGGCAAUUGAGACUCAGGAAGAUGUCCUUGCUUGCGAAGCCGAGGUCGUGGUCGAGGAUCCCAGCCAGGAUCUUUACAGUUUUGAAGGCCGUGUCACCAUCGAUGGCAAGUCGGCACCUUUGACACUGAAUGAAAUCAUCUUCCGUGGCAGCAUCCUACGAAAUACCCCAGACGCCGUGGGAAUGGUCAUCUAUUCUGGAGAAGAAUGCCGCAUUCGCAUGAACGCCAACAAGAAUCCACGCAUCAAGUCUCCGGCUCUCCAGGUCCUUGUCAAUCGUAUCGUCAUUCUCGUCGUCGUUUUUGUUGUCCUCUUGGCCAUCUUCAACGCCGUCGCCUACCAGCUCUGGCGACCUGGAGAAUCAUCCAUGUUCUACCUUGCUGGCUCGUCUGUGGCCUUCUUCCCGAAUUUUACGUCAUUUGUUAUCAUGUUCAACACCCUGAUACCCCUUUCCCUCUAUGUCAGUUUGGAAAUUGUAAAAGUAGCACAGAUGUUUUUCUUGCAUACGGAUGUUGAUAUGUACGACCCUGUCUCGGAUACGCCUUGUGAACCGCGAACUUCAACUAUCAACGAGGAAUUGGGCCAAAUCAGUUACAUCUUCUCGGAUAAGACUGGAACACUGACGGACAACUCGAUGAAGUUUAGAAAAAUGAGCGUAGGUGGGGCGGCCUGGCUCCACGAUGCAGAUCUAGAAGACACACAGAAGAAGAUGUUGAAACACAAAAAACGCAAGAAGGGUUCUAAGAAAGGGAAACAACCGAUUCGGAAGAGUCAUCGGUCGGCAAAGGAGGUUACGUCACCAGUUGAAGACCCUGAGUCUUAUAUGGAAGCUGUCGAAGCUAUCGAACCCGUCGAGAGUUCCUCGGAGGAAACACAGGACGCAAAAUGGAAAUCAUCGGCGAGGCCUGGAAAAUCACAACAAGAACUCCUCACUCGGGAUAUGCUACGGUAUAUGCAACGUAGGCCCUAUACACCGUUUUCGAAGAAAGCACGCAUGUUCUUACUCUCACUUGCCUUGUGCCACACUUGUCUUCCCGAAAUCCAGGAGGAUGGAUCAACUCGAUUCAUGGCUUCCUCGCCCGAUGAGCUUGCUCUCGUCCAAGCCGCCCAAGACAUGGGCUUCCUGGUCGUCAAUCGCGACGUACAUACCAUUACACUGCGAAUCAUGCCGUCUGGGACCAAUGCCGAGCCUGUAACAGAGACAUACGAGAUCUUAGACGUCAUCGAGUUCUCCAGUAAACGUAAAAGAAUGUCGAUUCUGGUUCGUUUCCCCGAUCGUCGUAUAUGCGUCUUGUGUAAAGGCGCAGAUUCCAUUGUCAUGCAGCGUUUGAAGCUUGCUACGCUGGCGAACAAGAGAAUGGUGGAGAUUGAACGCCGUGCCAACAAGCGUAAGAGUAUGGAAGCGCAGCAUGCGAUUGCACGUAUGAGCGAACAGUUGGAUCGGAAGAGCAGUAUUGGGGGUCGUCAAAGUCUUGCAUUGUCUCAAAACGCUCGUGCCAGCCUUGGCCACGGAAGACCCUCUUUCGGAAGAGCCGGUAGCGUGAUUGGAAUAGGAAGAUCGAGCUUGGGCGGGCGAUCCCUCCAUGGGAUGCGCGAUGAAGUAGAUCAGUGGCUGAAGGAACGCGAGAAUGAUUACGAGAUACAGUCCAUUGAUGAAGAUUCGCCAGCCCAAACACCUCGACCUUCAGGACUGGAAAGACCGUCAAUGGCGUAUUCGGAGGCACGGAGCUCGCUGCAGGUGGAAGAAAUGGAUGAGAUGGUUGAUGAGAACGUGGCUUCUGACGAGGCUAUGGUCAUUGAGCGGUGCUUACAACAUAUCAAUGAUUUCGCUACAGAAGGUCUGCGCACGCUGCUCUAUGGUUACCGUUUCCUUGAAGACGGCGAGUAUGAUACUUGGAAGAAAGGGUACUUGGAAGCCACUACAAGCCUAGUCGAUCGUGCUCGUUUGAUCGAAGAAGCCGGUGAUCGUAUAGAGCAGCAUCUCGAGCUCUGUGCUGCGACUGCCAUCGAAGACAAGCUGCAAAAGGGCGUACCUGAGGCUAUCGACAAGCUGCGUAGAGCGAAGAUCAAAAUGUGGAUGCUGACAGGCGAUAAGAGAGAAACCGCUAUCAACAUUGGCUACUCGUGUCGCCUGAUCAAAGACUACUCCACAGUCACCGUUCUCGAUCACGAAACAGGUGAAGUAGAGAGAAGUAUCGCUGCUGCCGUGCUCGCCAUCAACGAAGGGACUGUAGCCCAUUCCGUCAUCGUCGUCGAUGGCCCUACUCUAGCCCAAAUCAAUGAAGUAGAACCUCUCAAGAUUCUCUUCUACGAUUUAGCCAUCCUUGCGGAGUCCGUCAUAUGUUGCCGUGCGUCGCCAUCGCAAAAGGCAGGACUCGUCAAGAAUAUCCGCAAGCGUGUCAAGAAAAGCAUCACACUAGCAAUUGGAGAUGGCGCCAACGACAUUGCCAUGAUCCAGGAGGCCCAUGUGGGUAUUGGCAUCACUGGUAAAGAAGGUUUGCAAGCUGCUAGAACAAGUGAUUAUUCAAUCGCACAGUUUCGAUUCCUUACCAAGCUUCUACUCGUACACGGGAGAUGGAACUACAUCCGCACGUGCAAGUACACGGUCGGGACGUUCUGGAAAGAAAUGUUAUUUUACAUCACGCAAGCUCUAUUCCAACGCUCCGUUGGCUACACAGGCACCUCCCUCUAUGAAUCUUGGUCCCUAUCCAUGUUCAACACUCUCUUCACCUCCCUCCCCGUUAUCUUCAUGGGCAUUUUCGAAAAGGAUCUCUCGGCAUCUACGCUCCUCGCUGUUCCCGAACUCUACACCAAAGGUCAGCGCAACGGCGGGUUUAAUUUCCGUAUUUACCUAGGUUGGAUGUUCAUGGCGAGUGCCGAGGCCAUGGUGGUGUACUUUUGCAUGCUGGGGCUGUAUGGCGAUGCGAUUUUCACGGACGACAAUAGUAUCUACGCCCUCGGAACAAUUACUUUCACAGCCUCGGUCAUCAUCAUCAACUUAAAGAUGCAAUUUAUAGAAACACACAGCAAAACCCUCACAAACUUGAUAUCCCUCAUCCUCUCGAUAGGCGGCUGGUUCCUCUGGUGCAUCAUCCUCGCCUUCCGCUACAAUCCCCAUUCGCCCAUCUACUACGUCCACCUCUCCCUCAUCCAAACCUUCGGCCGCUCCCUCGCUUGGUGGGCAACCCUCUUCCUGAUUCUCGCCUCCGUCGUCGUCUUUGAAUUCGCAGUCUCCUCGCUCCGCGCUAGUUUCUUCACCAGCGACGAAGACGUCUUUCAGGCGUUGGAGAAGGAUCCAGCUGUCAAACGCCGGUUCGAAGAAGCCGCGGCCGAAGAGUUGCAGGCUGGGUGGGAUCGCGGGAGCAAUAAGGAGAAGAGGGAGGAGGAGGACGUCAGGAGGGUUGUUGAGGAGGUCAAGCAGCGGGAGGGGGAGAGGAGGGAGGAGGAGGUCAGACGCAUGUUGAGGGAGAGAAGGGAUGAUGGUGAUGCUGGGGGUGAAAUGAGGAAGAGUGGCGGAGGGAGUGGUGGGGCGGUUGUGGGUGAGGAGUUGGGCAAAGAGGAGAUGGAUGCGAUUUUGAGUCGUGGUUUUGGGAGAGUCAGGGCUACGUAAGUUGGUGGUGGGUGGGUUCGUGAAGGGAUCUCUCUCUCUCUCUCUCUCUCUCUCUCUUUCUUCGUGUUUACGUUACGAUACGGGCGGUCUCUUUUCUUCUUCUUCUUCGUUGGGUCGGUUCAUGUUGCUUUUCCAUGUCGUUUUGGUUUGGAGUUGUAUACCCGCUAUUGUUUUCCCUUUUUCCCUUCCCCCCUUUGGUUCUUCUAUUCUUCCCUUGACGUAUAUACUACAUGUUUAAUCCCCUCUCUCAUACCCCUCUUUUUCCCUCCCUUUCUUUUUCUGUUUAUAAUCAACAUGAAAAAUCUCUUGUUUCUUCCUCGUUCUUCUUUCCAUGACUCGACUUUUUUGAUAUACAUACAUAUACAUGUGUUUGUUCUUAUCGACCGUACGUACCGUACCAUAUAUAUAUAUAUAUAUAUAUGCAAAAACUCUCUCAUGGCUUGGUCUCUUGCUCAUCCCGCUUUACUUUUCUUUUGCUUUUGUUUUUGCAAGCGUAUCUAUCAUCUAUAACAAAUGAAUGAAUGAUUGGACACACUGUUGUUGUUACGUUACUGUUGAUUUUUUUUUUGAUUGCCUGUCUCGCCUUGGGGUCUUGAGUCUUUUGACGCUGAAAAAAAAAAAAAAAAAAAAAAAAAAAAAACAGGACAGGACAGGCAUUUUCGAAGUAAACAGAACCGAGGGAGAUCAGAGAAAAGAUGAUAUAUGGGACUCACAAUUGAUUGAUUGGUUUGAAAGAUUUAAUUUGAGAUGGAUUGGAUUAAUGAGAACUCGCUAUAUCACCAGCUUUUCCUAUACGGGGGUUUUCUUUUUCUCU